GGGCUGCCGCUCCCCAGCGGAGCCACAGCCGGGCGGGCGGCGGCCGCCAUGGAGCGGACCCCCAUCCCGGUGCUGACCGUGCAGACAGCGCCCUACGAGGACCAGCGGCCGACGGGCGGCGGGGGGCUGCGGCGGCCCACGGCGCUCUUCGAGAGCCAGCGCAACUACCUGCCCAACUUCGUACAGAGCCUGCUCUCCUCCGUCGACCUUCGCGACCGGCAGGGCUGCACCAUGGUGGUGGGCAGCGACGGCAGGUACUUCAGCAAGACGGCCAUCGAGAUCGUCGUUCAGAUGGCCGCGGCCAACGGGAUCGGCAGAUUAGUUAUUGGACAGAAUGGUAUCUUAUCCACACCUGCUGUUUCGUGUAUCAUCCGAAAGAUCAAAGCAGCUGGUGGAAUUAUUCUGACAGCUAGCCACAGUCCUGGAGGACCUGGAGGAGAAUUUGGAGUCAAGUUUGAAGUUGCCAAUGGAGGACCUGCUCCAGAUAUGGUUUCAGAAAAAAUCUAUCAAAUCAGCAAAACUUUGGAGGAAUACGCAAUUUGUCCUGAUCUCAGAGUUGAUUUAUCACGUCUGGGAAGACAAGAAUUUGAUCUGGAGAACAAAUUCAAGCCUUUCCGAGUGGAAAUUGUGGAUUCUGUGGAAAUCUACCUCAAUCUCCUUCGAAGUAUUUUUGACUUCAAUGCGAUCAGAAAUUUGCUGACUGGACCCAACCAGAUUAAAAUAAGGAUUGAUGCCAUGAAUGGAGUUAUGGGACCUUAUGUGAGAAGAAUCUUGUGUGAUGAGCUGGGAGCUCCUGCAAAUUCUGCCAUAAACUGUAUUCCUCUGGAGGAUUUUGGUGGACAGCCUCCUGAUCCGAAUUUAACAUAUGCAACUGCCUUGCUGGAGGCUAUGAAAGGUGGAGAGUAUGGAUUUGGAGCAGCUUUUGAUGCUGAUGGAGACCGCUACAUGAUUCUUGGCCAAAAUGGUUUCUUUGUGAACGCGUCAGAUUCAUUGGCUAUAAUUGCUGCCAAUCUGCCUUGCAUUCCUUACUUUUGUCAGAUGGGUGUCCGAGGAUUUGGCAGGAGCAUGCCUACCAGCACAGCCCUGGACAAGUAAGAUGAAACAUUUAUUUGUAUCACCUUGGUCAUUACUUUAGUUAUCUCUAUUUUUAUUACAUAGC